CUUUGAUCUGUCUUGGCUUCCCAGCCGUCUCGCACCCGCACCCACACCUGUCCACCCGCCAUGUCCUAUCAGCAGCGCGGCCAGCCCCCCCAGCAGCCCCCUCCCCAGCAGCCUCAGCCUCCCCCUCCUCAGGCCCAGCAUAUGCCUAUGGUGAGCCAGCAGCAGCAGCCGCAGCAGCCGCCUCAACCACAGCAGCCCACGUCAUCGAGCCGCCGCAUCCCCGAAUACCUCGACGCCAUCAAGAAGGAGUUCGAUUACUUCAGCAACGAGCUCAAAACCGUCAAGAUUCAGCGAGAUGAAGCCGAGCAAAAAUUAAGCCACCAGAUCCAGGAAGUCGCUCAGUUUCAGCAAAACUUCAUCGAGCUCGAGCGGCUACAUCUCAAGAUGAAGGACCAAUACGAGGAUGAGAUCAAGCGCCUGCGGGCUUUACUGGAUGGCCGUGGAGGCCCAAAUGACGGCAAGGGCGUCUGGAACAAUGGCCCCUCAUUCCCUGAAGGUGCCCCUCCAAAUGUUCCUGGCCCAAACAGACCUUCGAUCCCAAGCGGCCACCACGGCGAAAUGAUGCAUGAGCGCAAUCUCCCGCCCGCCAUGUACAGCCAGCCCAACGGCCCGAGUCCGAUGGAUCCAAAGAAGCCCAGGCUUGGCGAGGAUGUCCAUAUGUCUGAUCCUAUGUAUCGUGACGGCAGCUUUGGUCCCAAAUCCCUACCCCCGAAAAUGACUCCAAAGCCCGAUGGCGACGGUUUCAAGCCGAGACCCGACCGAGAUCCCUCGGUCCACCCUGGCCCCCAUGGCCACUACAACUUCCCAAAUCAUCCUUCGCAACCCUAUCCCAACCCAGGCCCCAACCAUAACCUGCAUCCCGGUGAUGUCCCUGCCAACCGCCCUCAAUCGGCUCUCCCUAGCAACAACAACAACAGCAACAACAGCAACAACCGCGGCCCGACGCAUGGCCAUCACGCUGCUGAGCAGCCACCUGCCAACGUAGCUCCCCCCCGGCUUCGCGCGCACCAGCCAGUCACUGGCCUCUAUGAUCUCGACCCCGAAUCUCCGCAGGCCUGGAAGACCGAGAAUGAUGACUGGCUGGUUGUCUACAACCACAAGAGCCCCAGCCUCAAGCAGGCCAAGCUCAACGUCCGUCUGGUCCACAAUCUCGACCACGGAAGCGUUGUCUGCUGUGUCAAAUUCUCAAACGACGGCAAGUUCCUUGCCACGGGAUCAAAUCGACGCGUGCGUCUGUUUGAUGCCAUCACCGGAUUACAAAUCGCCUCGCUCGUCGAUGACGAAUGCGAAAAUCCCGAGGCGGACUCUUACGUGCGCUCGGUCGCUUUCUCGCCGUGCGGCAAAUACCUUGCAACCGGCGCUGAGGAUCAAAUCAUUCGUGUCUGGGAUCUGUCGAAAUCGCGCAUCAAGAUCGUGCUGACGGGCCACAGCCAGGAUAUCUACAGCCUGGAUUGGUCCAAGGACGGCAAGUAUAUUGUCAGCGGAAGUGGCGACUACAACAUUCGCGUCUGGGACUCUGAAACCGGCCGCUGUACAGUUGAGAUGUCGGUCGCAAACGACAAGACGCUUGGCCCCGGAUACAAGGAUCUCGGUGUCACGAGCAUCGCGAUGAGCCCGCUGGACAGCCGCUGCGUCGUCUCGGGCUCUCUGGAUCGUAUGGUUCGCAUCUGGGACAUCCAGACCGGACAGAUGCUGGAGCGAUUCGAGGGCCACUCAGACUCGGUCUAUGCGGUCGCGUUCUCGCCCGACGGCCGAUCAGUCGUGUCUGGCGCCCUCGAUCGGACGCUCAAGAUCUGGGAUCUCUCACCUCACACGAUCAACUACCUUGCCAAAAGUAGCCGAUCGACGUCGGCCGCGCAGCUGGAGCCUUAUGAGCCCAUCGUCACGACCGAGUGUCGCCACACCUUCGAGGGUCACCGCGACUUUGUCCUCUCGGUUGCCUUUGCCGGUGUCAACUCGAGCCUGGGCCGUGUCAAUGAUGAUGGUGAAGCUGUGAGCACUCCCAGCGGCGACAUCCUUGCUGGUGUCGAGUGGGUUGUCAGCGCCAGCAAGGACCGCAAAGUGAUCUUCUGGGACGGCCGGGCAAACUCGGAGGGCUCGCGGACUGAACCCAACUCGGUCUGCCAGUUCAUGCUGCAAGGCCAUCGAAACUCUGUCAUCAGUAUUGCCUUUGGCCCCGUUGGUGGCCUGUUUGCCACGGGCUCCGGUGACUCGCGGGUACGAAUCUGGCGAGUUGCUGCCGAACUCCCUCCCGAUGGAUUCGUCCCCGCUGGUCCCUCGAUGAUGUCAUCCACGUCGUUUUCCCAGCCCGCCCAUUCUGGGUCGACAGCACAUGCCCAGGACGGCCACGGCUCCAAAUCCCACGCACCUUUGGCCUCGUCCAGCCCGGCGCUGCCUGCAGAGGCCGGAACACAGCCCCCUCAUAUUCCUCCACAACCGUCGUCCCAGUCGCCUCAACCGCAGCCCACACAGCAGCCCCCGGCUCAGACCUCUGGUCAGCCUCACUCCCCGUCCCACCAGCCGGCCUCGGGCCUGUCGUCGUCCGCCCCGCAACGUGCCCCAUCGCAGAACGGCGACCCAUCCCCGGCAGGAGCGACGGCAUCUCAGGCCCCUGCAUCACAGGGCGAGUCUCGUCCCCAAGGAAGCGGACCCGACGAUAUGAAAGUGGACUGAUGGAGCCAUGGCCGCUCGUCCGAAGCCGAGAUCGCGGCAAUUCGAACAGUGCCAACAGAACUGAAUCGAUCCGUUGUGUGCCGUCUGAACGGCACUGCCCACUCGUUGCAAUGGCUACCGAGAAUAGGCGACGUGCUCUCGCAAGGAUGGAGACACAUCCGCUUGCUGCUCCAAUGCUACUUGGUUUGCCCAAACUGCUUGCUCCCUGUUUUUUAUUAUGCUAUCCUCUGUUCUUUUCUUCAUCUUUUGUUUGUUUGGUUGUCGGUGCAUGCGUGCAUGUUGCUUGCUGUGCAUGUACCAUUUGCCUCACUCCACACGAUUCACACAACCGUUCCAAGAGAGAAAUAAAUAAAUAAAUGAGCUCCUGGGGAGACCCCACCUGGAUUUUCGAGAUGGGCCGCGACUGCGGGAUAUUGAUCGAAUGCCUCCUUGUCAACUCGCCCGCUCAGCUGCGAGAGUCGAG